AUGAAUCCGCUUUGCUGCAUUGCUCCGGUGACGUCCGAGAACGAUCGAGCUGUGGUUAAGCCACAUGCGCCGGGCCAGGAGCUCGUAUCCGAGAGCGACCGCUUCAGUUCGGCCGAGGUCAAUGGCAGCCGGAAUGCGAUUUUCCGGCCGAUGAGUUUUAACUCGAGGAGCAGCUUCUCGACCAAUUUGGUGCCGGACGCUAUCGAGGAGGACUGCGAGGUGAAGAGCGUGGCCGGGAUUCUGUAUAAAUGGGUGAAUUACGGCAAGGGGUGGAGGGAGAGAUGGUUCGUUUUGGAGGAUGGGGUUUUAUCGUAUUACAAGGUACACGGGCCGGAUAAAAUCGUCGUCAGCUCGUGUAGGGAGAAAGGGUUGCGAGUGAUCGGGGAAGAAAGCUGGAGGUACAUGAGGAAGGGCAGUAUCGGUAAUUGGAGCCGGAAUGGUUCAGUGGGGAAUGGGUUUGGUUCUGAGAAGCAGUGGAAGCCAUUUGGGGAGGUACAUUUGAAGGUUUCCUCGAUUCGGAUCAGCAAAUCGGAUGACAAAAGGCUUUACAUAUUCACCGGAACAAAAACUCUUCACUUGCGUUGCCAGUCGAAGGAGGAUAGAGCUUCGUGGAUUGAGGCGCUUAUGUUGGCUAAAGAUAAUUUUCCAAGACUGUUGACAAGCAAUGAGCUGGCACCUUCUGAAGAAAUUGUAGUUUCAACCGAGAAGCUGAGAACAAGAUUAACUGAAGAAGGGAUUAGUGAGACGGUGGUUAAAGAUUGUGAAUCGAUAAUGCUAGGUGAAAUUGCAUUGAUACAGGAUCAGAUGAAGAAACUUCAAAUCAAGCACGUCUUGUUGCUGGACACAUUAAGGAGACUGGAGACUGAGAAAAUCGAGCUGGAAACAACUGUUGUGGAUGAGACCAAGGCACGAGAUUCGUUUUGUGGACAGGGGAGAAGGUUCAUUUCAGAUUUCUACUCAGUCAUGUCGGGAGGAAGUGCUACCGACUCGGAAGCAGAUGGAGUCGAUGUUGAAACAGAUGAAGAUGAAAGAAUCUUUUUCGACACAAAUGAUUCUCUUUCUGCAGAGUGUCUUAGAAGCAAUUCGUACCGAAGAAGAGAUAAUCCAGUGUUUGCUCAUAGCCCCUCGACAAAUGAAAGAAGAUCUUCCUUCUCUGGUCAUAUGAGAGACAUUGGAAUGGAAAUACAGGAUCCCGAUUUCCCAUACAUCAAAAGAAGGGAUAACUUACCAGAACCAAAGGAGAAAGAUAAGCCGGUCGGGCUAUGGUCCAUUAUUAAGGACAACAUUGGAAAAGACUUGUCAGGUGUUUGUUUACCAGUUUACUUCAAUGAGCCACUGUCCUCACUGCAAAAAUGCUUUGAAGAUUUGGAAUACUCGUAUCUUGUCGACCGAGCAUUGGAAUGGGGAAAUCAGGGAAAUGAUUUGAUGAGAAUUCUAAAUGUAGCAGCAUUUGCAGUAUCUGGUUAUGCAUCAACCGAAGGCCGACAAUGCAAACCCUUCAAUCCUCUCCUAGGGGAAACCUACGAGGCUGAUUUUCCUGAUAAGGGUUUAAGAUUCUUUUCUGAAAAGGUCAGCCAUCACCCGGUAGUUGUUGCCUGUCAUUGUGAGGGUAGGGACUGGAAAUUUUGGGGGGAUUCGAAUCUCAAAGGAAAAUUCUGGGGUCGGUCAAUCCAGCUCGAUCCGGUGGGGCUUUUGACACUGGAGUUUAAGGAUGGUGAGACAUUUCAGUGGAGCAAGGUCACCACUUCUAUAUACAAUAUCAUAAUCGGUAAAAUCUAUUGUGACCAUUAUGGUACAAUGCGAAUCAAAGGCAGUGGUAGAUAUUCGUGCAAGCUCAAGUUCAAAGAGCAGUCUAUCAUAGACCGAAAUCCACAUCAGGUACAUGGGUUUGUGCAAGAUAACACAACUGGAGAGAAGGUGGCAUUUUUGCUCGGAAAAUGGGAUGAGGCAAUGUAUUACGUAAUGGGAGAUCCCUCCACAAAGCCUAACGGUUAUGAUCCAAUGACAGAAUCCGUUUUACUUUGGGAGAGAGAAAAAACUGUUACCAAAACGAGGUACAAUCUCACGCCCUUCGCCAUAUCUCUGAACGAGCUGACUCCCGGUCUACAGAAGAAACUGCCGCCUACAGACUCGAGGCUGAGACCCGAUCAGAGGCAUUUGGAGAACGGUGAGUAUGAGCUGGCAAAUGCCGAGAAGCUGAGGCUCGAACAGUUGCAGAGACAGGCAAGGAAGCUGCAAGACAGAGGGUGGCAUCCAAGAUGGUUCCGGAAGGAUGAAGAAGGUUGUUAUCGGUACUUAGGUGGAUAUUGGGAGGCUAGAGAGAAACAUAACUGGGAGGGUAUACCCGAUAUAUUCAGACAGCCUACCGAGGAAUAA